AUGGGAUCAUCCUCUCCGGCCUUCGCGCAUCAUGCUCCGAGCCAGGCUGGCGCAUCCAGCUCACCGACUAACAUUCGCCCACUCUAUCUCCAUCCCGGCAGUACCCAUCAAGCUGAGUCCGAUACUUCUGAGCAGUCGCAGAAGCCCAGGAUCAUCCACUACGAUCACUCAAACCGUUCGUUCCGUGCAGAGGGCUCCAUAGUCUCAGAGCGCCCCGACCAUGCGGAGAAGAUGGUGGAAGAGAAAACCAAGAUCGAGAUCAUCGACGUUGAGGGCUACAGACCUCAUUCGGACGACUCGACCCCCAGCCCGAGCCCCAAUGUCAAAGCCAAAGACGCCAAGAAGCGGAAGCUGAGAGACUUCCUCGAGCGCACACCAACUUCGAAGGCUUUUGCUCACUACGAGGCGAAGCAACUUCAAGACUGUCACCGGCGCACCCUGAAGUCUGAAGCUGAAGUCGAAACCAGCGCGGACGCGUACCCUCGUCGUCCAUUUUCAGGAACGGACUUCAACCUCCCAGGCGCAACACAGGAGUCGGCAACGCAGGAGUCACACGUCGCGCCAUCCCCAAUCGAACUUCACGCCGCAGAAGUGGAUAUUCAGCUUGGAGACCUCACCGAAAUCGCCGCCCGCAUCGCCGUGGCGUCUCAGCACAUUCGCGAGUCCCAUGAACAGCUCGCUGACGCGUACGAUCGGAAGACCGAAGUCGAGCUCGAGAUGGACGAGCUUCGAAUCAAAAUUCACCGAUCUUGGGAGAACAUCCAAGCCAGACAAGCGGACCCCCGAGACCACGAUGCCUGGGAAGCUGCUCAAGCCUCGUCCGACGACAGCCAAAGCUUCGCCAACAUCGAGGCGAAGCUGAGAGACCUUACCCGCAAGAAGCGGUUGAUCGAGAUCGAGAUCAACGAUCGGGAGACGAAGAGACAGAAGAUUGAGGAGGCUGUUGCUGCGUUUAUCUCACCCAAGGGUUCUGUGGAGUUGGAGAAUCUGGAGGAAGUUGCCGAUGCAUAUGUGCCUCCGGCAACUGGCUUAAAUUUCCAGAGCGACAUCGAUAUUUUCAACGAACCUCAGGCAAACGACCCUGUACCCGACGAAACUUCGAGGGUCAAUGCGGAUUCACAACGCAACUGCGACCCCUCCAACCCUCUUUACAUUCAUGAUGAUGACCUCUACCUGCCGUCCGUAGGUCAUAUUCCAGCCAAUCUCGGCCCCGGGGCAUCAAUCUGCCUCGAUAUCGACGACUUCGAGAGUCCACGGGCCGACGAAGCCGAAGAACUUCUGAAGGAAGACCGACUCCAACAAUACCGGACUGCUAUACGCCAGCUUAACGACCCCCAUGAGUGCCUUACAGGUGACACCAUCGAUGUCUUGCAAAAGAUUUUGAAGGACGAUACCGAAAAGACUGGAAUCUCGACAGCUCACACUUUGUUGAUGCAUCCUUUAUGGCUCAGGGUAGAGGCAUUGCCCGCCAAUUUCCCAAGGGCCGCUUCGACAGCCCAUCGCAUCCUGGCGGUCAUGCACCACGAGGAUCCCAAACACUGGACAGUCGGCGAAAUAAACCUGCUCGAGUCAACCUUCAAGCACUACGACUCAAUGAACAGCGAAUUAAUCUCCAUUCAGGUCGAGGAACGGGUUCUCCCGUGGCUGAAUGGUAUGACUGGCAGGGACUUCACAUGGCAUCAGGUGCCUUCCCCCCGCCAGUUGGACGGGAGUAGCUGUGGCGUUCACGUCCUCGUGACGCUCGGUUUUCUUCUCGAUGGCAAAGUCCCUCACGAUGUAGCUGGGGCAGACGCAAACAGAAAAGUACUGCUGCGCUUGGCCGCCAACGCAUUCCAUUUGGAGUUUCCUGGCAAGGCGGCUAGCUUGGAAGAAGAAGAGCCCGAUAACGUAGGACCUGAUACAACUGUCGGUUCGCCUUACGACCUGGGAUACCCCAAGAUUCCUGGGAAUACAGAAGUCAUUCUUGUGGAGAGUCCUUGCCCUAGUCCUUUACACGAGUCGCGCUCAGCAACACACAUGCAACCAGAGGCACCCAGCACGCAGAGUACGGUCAUGGAGAUAGAUGAACUAGAGAAUCGGGAGGAAUACGGACAUGACUCUGGCGCUGCUGUCACAAAAGGACAUGAGCUCGAGAUCCACGAGCUUCUAUCACGUCAGAGCUAUGCCAUCUCACCAAGCCAUCGCAGACGCGCGUAUAUUGAGGUUGCGGACACAGAUUGA